AUGGAAGACGCGCCUGGAUCAUAUCCCUUCGGCGUCGCCAACGCCGACGGUACCCCCCUCCAAAUUGAUCCCGAGAAUCCUGCCGUGAGGGGCAUCAACGAGUGGCCAUGGGGUCCGAUGAGCCCGGGGCUACCCCCUGUGGCCUUUCGCCCCUAUUCUUUGCCCCAAUUCAUGGACCGACCGGGCCCCUAUCCCUAUCAAUCGUCAUCGUCAUCAUCCCGUGAAGUCUCGGGCUCCGCUGCCAAAGUCGCUAUUCCCCGCACGGCCAGCUCAAGUAGCCAGUCACAACGCCGGCGGUCGGCGAGAGCCUGCGAGCCAUGUCGACAGCGGAAGAUCAAGUGUGAUGGGAACAAGCCGGUGUGUCGACAGUGCAUCGAUCACAAUGUCAGCUGCUUCUUCGUGGAUGUCAAGCGAGUCCGUGAUCAGAAACAGCUCGGGAUUCUGGGCAAGAAGGUGGAACAAUAUGAGCAUCUGCUGCAAGAUCUGGAGAAGGAAGUCGAUGAGAAUGCGGCCAGACGCAUUCGUAAAGUCCUUAGGGGCACCGAUAUAACAUCUCCUCCCGACGAUGACGGCGACUCCGACUCUGGGACCUCGUCCAUCGGUUCGCUAGAGGCACUCGACUUAGUUGAAGAAGACUUGAACCGCAGCGAGAAAACGGUGGCUAUGGGCUUCUAUGGGAAGAAUUCGGAAGUCGCUUGGAUGCAGAGACUUGAAGAUGAAUCUGAAAUCUGCAACCGGAGAAAGGACGAUUCGGUCGAUAUGGAGGACAGGGUAGGAGGUGGGCACGCGACGUCAUCGCAGCAAAAGCAGGAGACAGCGAUGGCAGCAAUGAGUUAUUACCUGGAUGAUAUCGGCGUCCCUUUACUCGAUUCAGUUGAUCCAUAUGCAUUGCCCCCGAAGGACAUAGCUGAUCGGUUUUUCACUGCGUUUAUGGACUCGGUCCAUCCGUCAUUCAACGUCGUCCGGAAGACGGCCUUUGUGUCCCAGUAUCGACAGUUCUUCAGCCAGCCGGCCCAGCCUCCACAGCGUUGGUUGGCCAUUCUGAACAUGAUAUUCGCAAUUGGAUGUCGGUAUACCAAAGCGACGACUGGCCGAACAGACGGCCGCGAUUAUGAUGAUCUGGUGUACUUGAACCGGGCACGCAAACUGACUCUCAGCGAGAAGUUCAUCUUUGAGCAUGCGGAUCUUCAGCAAAUCCAGGUCGAAUUUCUGGUGGCCUUGUAUUUUGUCAGCAUGAGUCAAAUAAAUAGGGCGUUCAAAUUCUCCAGUAUGGCCUUCCGAUCUGCUGUAUCCCUGGGAAUCAACUUGCGCUUCGUCGACGAUCGCACACAGUAUCCUGCCAAAGAGGCCCGCAUUCGGCUGUGGUGGUCGAUAUUCCUCUUGGAGCAUCUCCUCACUGCCAUCACCGGACGGCUCUCUUGCGUGGGCGAAAACCUGAGCGCCACGCCACUGCCGCUUCCGUUCGAAGAGGAGGCGUUCGGUAGACCAGACGUCCUUCCUCUUCUCCAAGACUCUUCCCUGCGCAUGACUCGUUUGAAGCUGACUCUGCUGCAGUCGGAAGAGGAAUCACGCGCCGAUGUAAGCUGGCUCUCGUCCUGCGAGCCCAGCCCAUCGCUAUACUUCCACUGCAUUGUGGAUCUAGCCACCAUCACCCAGUCCAUCAUCAACAAGGUAUACAGUAUCCAAGGCCUCCGAGAGCGCUCCAGCCAGGUAGAGCAGCGGAUCCGUAGAUUCAGCAGCAUUCUAGACAUGUGGCUCAGCAAGGUCCCCGAAGCCUAUCGUUUUAGCUCCGGGAGCGGCGACCAGCUGGACCUACCCAAGGAGCGUAGCGCUCCGUGGAUGCGAGAACGCAUCUCCCUAGCCAUGAGCUACUACAGUGCCCGUAUCACCCUUUGCCGUCCGUGCCUCACACAUACUGGACUCGGGCCGGGCGUCGCAUCCCCGGACCCAGCAGUUCCGCCGUCUGCGCGGGCAGGUUCGCGUCGCAACUCCGGCAGUCGCGUGCACUUCAACACUUCCAUGGCGUUGACAUGUGUCCGCUCAGCUCGGUCCCUUCUCUGCUGUCUCCCCCCCAAACCGGACAUCACUUGGCUGACUACUAUGACCCCUUGGUGGUGCAUUAUGCAUUACAUCAUGCAAGCAACAACAGCCAUCCUUCUUCACCUAUCCAGCCUCCCCUCCAGAUCUGACGACGACCCCAUGCACCAACUCGCCGCCGAUGUCGAAGCCACAGCCCAAGAGACCAAGAAAGCUCUGCGCUGGCUUCAUCACAUGGCCUACAAGUACCCCGCCGCCCGACGUGCUUUCCGCCAAUGCAACAGUAUCGUACGACGGAUUGCUCCAAGCUUAGGCAUUGAUAUCAGUGACAUACCCUGCGGCAAAGACCUACCUACUGAGGACGAUGCGUAUCAUUUACGAGAUAUUGACAAUACCCCGAAUUCCCACGAUACAGUCAUGGAGUUUGAACGGCAUCAUUGA